UGAGGAUAAACAGUAGAAAAUGAAUGAAUAAUUAAACUGUAUGCAUUAUUCCUCACAGUCUUAUGUUGAGUUAUAUAACCACGUACUUUUCUACUGUAUAAACAAUAUCAAGCCUGCUUUUGUUGCUCUCAAUGUUGUGAGGUUAGAGCACGCCUUCCACCUCCACUACACAGAGAGAGAGAGCGAGCUACCUAUAAUCAACUAUUAUAAACAUUAGACUUCACACAGAAGGCAAAGGGGCAGUCCAGACCUGCCUAAAAUCUCUUGCCUCUGGGUGUGCAUGCGUGCACCUAUGUGAUUGCUGAGGAGGAAUGACUCACACCCCUGACGGUGUGUUUGCUUACCCAAGUCCGGAGGACUUUCCCUGCAUUUCGCCUUUGCUCACAUUAAUGUUAAAGGGUUCGAAGGACCGCUUGCUAUAGGAUGACCUUCCUUAUCUCAUUGAGCUCACACUCCAAUCAAGACGAUUAAUCAAAACCGAGCCACGACACGGUCGGGAGGGCCGGCGUGAUGGACAGCUGAUGGAGUCUUCCAUCAUGUUUCCCUACCAUUGACGCGUCGUGCCCGAAUCCGCUCUGAGGCAUAAGUGUGUACCAGCGACCCCCAUUUCUCUGCCAUGGUGACAUAAGCCGCAUCGCAAUAUGAGGGAGAGCCAACGUGAGACCGUGUCAUUUCUUUCUCCAGUAGCUGCUUCAGCUGCCGCCUCAACGUCUUUUUGCCGCGUGUUCGAGAAAAGACUGAUAUUUUUUUUGUAACUUGUCAAGCGCUUGUAUUUUUUUUUUUUUUUCGCGCGGCGGCGAGACGAUGCUGGGAUGCGUGACUCGCGUCCGUCGGCUGGUCCGUCUCCUCCCUCUGCAGACGUCCCUCCUUCUCUUGUUUCUGUUCUGCACCGUCAGCGUAUUCAUCUCGGCUUACUUCCUGUAUGGCGUCAAGCGGGAGCUGGAGCCGUCAGGAGGGGGCGUUUCAGGCGCGGAUGGAGCGUCGGCCGAUUCGGACGACGUCAGAGUCACGCCGUCUCGGCUGUUGCCGCUUCGCGGCGUCUCAGGAGGCCCCGGCGUGGACCCCGCCGGAGUCAGGACAGAUCCUGUAGUUCUGGUUUUUGUGGAAAGUCAGUAUUCCCAACUUGGGCAGGAAAUUGUGGCUAUUUUGGAGUCCGGGCGCUUCCAGUACCGGACGGAAAUAUCUCCCGGGAAGGGCGACAUGCCGACUUUGACGGACAAGGACCGAGGACGUUUCACUUUGGUGAUUUAUGAAAACAUUCUCAAGUACGUGAACCUGGACGCGUGGAAUCGGGAGCUGCUGGACAAGUACUGUGUGGAAUACGGAGUGGGCAUCAUUGGAUUCUUCAAGGCCAAUGAGAACAGCCUGCUGAGCGCUCAGCUGAAAGGAUUCCCCCUGUUUCUCCACUCCAACCUGGGUCUCAAGGACUGCACCGUCAACCCCAAGUCCCCGUUACUCUUUAUCACCCGAUCAGGGCAGCCGCUGCCGGGUCCUCUCCCUGGAGACGACUGGACCGUCUUCCAAUCCAAUCACUCGACGUACGAGCCGGUGUUGUUGGCCAAGACCCAAUCGGCGGAGAGCAUUCCAUCCAUGGGACAGAACGCUGCUCUGCUGCCCUCCGUGGUGCAAGACUUGGGUCUCCAUGAUGGCAUCCAGAGGGUCCUGUUUGGGAAUAACUUGGUCUUCUGGCUCCAUAAGCUGGUGUUUGUGGACGCCGUGGCUUUUCUCACCGGGAAGAGGCUGUCCUUGUCGCUGGAACGCUACAUCCUGGUGGAUGUGGAUGACAUCUUUGUGGGGAAGGAGGGCACCCGCAUGAAAGUGCCUGAUGUCAAGGCCCUGCUGGAGACGCAGAGGGAAAUGCGUACCCAUGUUCCCAACUUCACCUUCAAUCUGGGAUUCUCAGGGAAAUUCUUCCAUGCUGGAUCGGAUGAGGAGGACCUGGGUGACGACCUGCUGCUGUCCUACGUGAAGGAGUUCUGGUGGUUUCCUCACAUGUGGAGUCACAUGCAGCCUCAUCUCUUCCACAACCAGUCCGUGCUCGCCGAGCAGAUGCUGCUCAACAAGAAAUUUGCCAUGGAGCACGGCAUCCCCACCAACAUGGGCUACGCCGUCUCGCCACAUCAUUCGGGCGUCUACCCCGUCCACAUGCAGCUUUACGACGCCUGGAAGAAAGUGUGGAGCAUCAAGGUGACCAGCACCGAGGAAUAUCCGCAUUUGAAACCGGCCCGUUUCAGACGAGGUUUCAUCCACAGCGGCAUCAGCGUGCUGCCCAGGCAGACGUGCGGUCUUUUCACGCACACCAUCUUCUACAAAGACUACCCAGGCAGCCCCAAUGAACUGGACAAGCUCAUCAACGGGGGAGAACUCUUCCAAACGGUUCUGCUGAACCCGAUCAGCAUCUUCAUGACCCAUUUGUCCAACUACGGGAACGACCGCCUUGGCCUCUACACGUUUAAAAGCCUGAUGAUGUUCGUCAAGACCUGGACAAACCUGAAGAUGCAGACCCUCCCGCCUGUGCAGCUGGCUCAGAAAUACUUCAGCCUGUUCCCCUCUGAGAGAGAUCCACUCUGGCAGGAUCCAUGCGAGGACAAACGGCAUAAGGACAUCUGGUCCAAAGAAAAAACCUGUGACCGCUUCCCCAAACUCCUUGUCAUCGGUCCUCAGAAGACAGGCACGACGGCUCUUUACCUGUUCCUCAGCAUGCACCCCGACCUCACCAGUAACUACCCCAGUAAGGAGACCUUUGAGGAGAUCCAGUUCUUCAACGGCCACAACUACCAUAGAGGCAUCGACUGGUACAUGGAGUACUUCCCGCUGCCCUCCAACGCCAGCUCAGACUACUACUUUGAGAAGAGUGCCAACUACUUUGACUCGGAGGUGGCGGCGCAGAGGGCCGCAGCGCUCCUGCCCAAAGCCAAGAUCAUCACCAUCCUCAUCAACCCGGCUGACAGAGCGUACUCCUGGUACCAGCACCAAAGAGCCCACGAUGACCCGGUGGCGCUGAAAUACUCAUUCCAUGAUGUCAUCACAGCCGGCCAGGACGCCCCGGCCAAGCUUCGGGUCCUCCAGAAUCGAUGUCUGCUGCCAGGAUGGUAUUCCAUGCAUCUGGAACGCUGGCUCAACUACUACCAUUCCAGCCAGCUGUUGGUCUUAGAUGGACAGAUGCUGAAGACCGAGCCCGCCUCAGUCAUGGAUAAAAUUCAGAAGUUCUUAGGCUUAGCGAACACCAUCAACUACCAUAAGAUCUUAGCCUUUGACCCCAAGAAGGGUUUCUGGUGCCAGUUGCUUGAAGGCGGAAAGACCAAGUGUCUGGGGAAGAGUAAAGGACGCAAGUACCCCGACAUGGACGCUGAGUCUGUGGCGUUCCUCAGGGAGUACUACAGGGAUCACAACAUCGAGCUGUCCAAGCUGCUGUACAGAAUGAGUCAGCCCCUCCCCACGUGGCUCAGAGAGGAGCUGGUCCACACCAGGUAGCAUCACCGCGGCGUGGGGGACCGGGGGAACCGUAUUCAGUAUCAACUCUGAGGAGAAGAAGAGUAAAGCUCACGGCGUCUUGUUGUGGAGGACGUUCCAUCAUCAUCAUCAGGACGCCAGCAUGGUGCGUUCAUAUUUGUCGUCCAUCUUGUGAUCGUCCAUCAAUGAGCUGAAUGAACCAGGGGGCGGAGCUUGGAGAUGCCGUGUGCCGUUCAGGAGAACAAGGCAGGAACUCGGAGGCCUUAUUUGCUCCCAAUUGGGGAAUAGGGAUGCCGUCUCAACUCUUACGCACUGAAGCUGAAAACCAGAAGAACAUUUGAGCUUCACGGUUGUGGAACUUCUGGAAAAAAAAGGACAAUGCCUGCAAGCGAUAAUUUUUUUAUUAUUUUUUUUUUUUCAAGCGCAGGAACUUCAAGCUGACGGAGACAUUUAUUGAUUUUAAAAGUGAGGAUAACGGGACAUCCGGCUGCAUGUUGUAGCCUUUUUUUUUGUUGUUUAUUAUGGGAUGGAAUUUACUAGAAUCUUGUAAUUGCAUUUACAAGUGCCAGAACAGAAUCUUUAUUAAAUAUUACCAAUUUUUUUUUAUUUCUUUUUAUUUUGACUGUAGUUUCAUGAUACUUGUAGAAUGUACCGAAAAUUAAACAUCUUAGCCCCCCCGCCCCCCCACGCAGGGGACGUGAAACUGCCUGCUGUCACAUGACCACUGAAUGGACGGGAAGCAGGAAGUGAUGGUGAGGCUGAAAGCACAAUAUUUAAUAGGUACAUUCAUCAUACUGGAUAUAGCACAUGAGGUUUUUUUGGGGGGGGGGUGGCUAAAAUCUGUGAAGAAGGUCAUAAGCUAGCUGCUCGACGUUAGACUCAACUUCCUGUUUCUUUUUCUUCUGUUUUAGUUCUUAACAUUCGACUUUCCGACACGUUUUUUGGGGGCUUUGAAGGCAUCACCACUGCAAGUAGAUGUCAAAAAUACAUGAAGCUGCUCUUCCUGCAAUAGUUUUAUACAAGGUUGUGACGCUAAAAAUAAAAGCACCCACCCCACCUCCACCCCGCACCCGCCCCCCGGACUUUGUAAAAUGUACAUAACUGGCCCCCCCCCUUUGGUAGAACUAAAUUAUUUGAAUGUUUUUGGCUCUCCAUCGGUGUGCGACGUCAGUGAUGUAGGGAGAAAAAUUACAAUUAAAAAAAAAAAAACAAAAAAAAAAAACAAUUCAACGCAAAUUGUGUCCUCCAAUGUCCUCUCACUGCCAACUGUUGUCUCCAUAUAAAGUAUUAACGUGAUAACGCAUACAGUAACAGCAACGAUGGUACUAACAAUAUCCUGGACUGUAUGAUAAAGAUUUGUAAUUGUUGUCAAUAAUUUUUACAGUGUAACUAAUAUUGUCGGUGCUUUUUAAUUUGCAAAUAAAACAC